AUGAAGGAAGCCAGGUUAACCUGGUUAGAAGAAAAGAAUUCGGAGAAGGAAGCCAGGUUAACCUGGUUAGAAGAAAACAAUUCGGAGUUGGUUGCGGAGUUAGAAGAGGCUCGGAACGUAAGUUCCAACUUACGUUCCGAAUUAGAAAAUGCGGAGGCCGAAUCUGAAAAGCGGCUGGCCGAGAAAGAACGGGAUCAGUAUGCUUCCUUGUUAGAGGAAGCAGAAAAUGAGGCCA